CUUCUCCGCGACCCCGGCGGCGCCCCCGGGCCCGCCCCCGCUUGCACCUCGUCGUCUCUUCUCUCGUCUGCUGCCCCGCGAGCCUGCGGCCCCGGGGCUCCCGCCAUCCGCCAACGCCGGGAGCCCGGCCUCCCCGCGCCCUGCCCUCCGCGCCGGGGGCCGCCCGCCGCAGACACGGGACCUGCUUCGAGGCUGCUUUGGCGCCAAAUCCUGAGGUACCACGUACACAGACUUCUCGGCCGGAAUCUCCAGGGAUGACCAGCCCCUCCCCACGCAUCCAGAUAAUCUCCACCGACUCUGCGGUAGCCUCACCUCAGCGUAUUCAGAUUGUGACAGACCAGCAGACAGGACAGAAGAUCCAGAUAGUCACCGCAGUGGACGCCUCCGGAUCCCCCAAGCAGCAGUUCAUCUUGACCAGCCCAGAUGGAGCUGGAACUGGGAAGGUGAUCCUGGCUUCCCCGGAGACAUCCAGUGCCAAGCAGCUCAUAUUCACCACCUCGGACAACCUCGUCCCUGGCAGGAUCCAGAUUGUCACAGACUCUGCCUCUGUGGAGCGUUUGUUGGGGAAGGCUGAUGUCCAGCGGCCCCAGGUGGUAGAAUACUGUGUAGUCUGUGGUGACAAAGCCUCUGGCCGUCACUAUGGGGCUGUCAGUUGUGAAGGUUGCAAAGGUUUCUUCAAAAGGAGCGUGAGGAAAAAUUUGACCUAUAGCUGCCGGAGCAACCAAGAUUGCAUCAUCAAUAAGCACCACCGGAACCGCUGUCAGUUUUGCCGGCUGAAAAAAUGCUUAGAGAUGGGCAUGAAAAUGGAAUCUGUACAGAGUGAACGGAAGCCCUUUGACGUGCAACGAGAGAAACCAAGCAAUUGUGCUGCUUCAACUGAGAAAAUCUAUAUCCGGAAAGACCUGAGAAGUCCUUUGAUCGCCACCCCCACAUUUGUGGCAGAUAAAGAUGGAGCAAGACAAACAGGUCUUCUUGAUCCAGGGAUGCUUGUGAAUAUCCAGCAACCUUUGAUACGUGAGGAUGGUACUGUUCUUCUGGCCACAGAUUCCAAGGCUGAAACAAGUCAGGGAGCUCUGGGCACACUGGCAAAUGUAGUAACCUCCCUUGCCAACCUAAGCGAAUCCCUUAAUAAUGGUGACACUUCAGAAAUGCAGCCGGAGGAUCAGUCUGCAAGUGAGAUUACUCGGGCAUUUGAUACCUUAGCUAAAGCACUUAAUACCACGGACAGCUCCUCACCUCCAAGCCUGGCAGAUGGGAUAGACACCAGUGGAGGAGGAAGCAUCCACGUCAUCAGCAGAGACCAGUCCACACCCAUAAUUGAGGUUGAAGGCCCCCUCCUUUCAGACACUCAUGUCACAUUUAAGCUAACAAUGCCCAGCCCAAUGCCAGAGUACCUCAACGUGCACUACAUCUGCGAGUCUGCAUCCCGCCUACUUUUCCUCUCCAUGCACUGGGCCAGGUCAAUCCCAGCUUUUCAGGCACUUGGGCAGGACUGCAAUACCAGCCUGGUACGGGCCUGCUGGAAUGAGCUCUUCACCCUUGGCCUGGCCCAGUGUGCCCAGGUCAUGAGUCUGUCCACUAUUCUGGCAGCCAUCGUCAACCACCUGCAGAACAGUAUCCAAGAAGAUAAACUUUCUGGCGACCGGAUAAAGCAAGUCAUGGAGCACAUCUGGAAGCUUCAGGAGUUCUGUAACAGUAUGGCAAAGCUGGAUAUAGACGGCUAUGAGUAUGCAUACCUUAAAGCUAUAGUUCUCUUUAGCCCCGAUCAUCCAGGUUUGACCAGCACAAGCCAGAUUGAAAAAUUCCAAGAAAAGGCACAGAUGGAGUUGCAGGAUUAUGUUCAGAAAACCUAUUCAGAAGACACUUACCGAUUGGCCCGGAUUCUCGUCCGCCUGCCAGCACUCAGGCUGAUGAGCUCCAACAUAACAGAAGAACUUUUUUUUACUGGUCUCAUUGGCAAUGUUUCGAUAGACAGCAUAAUCCCCUAUAUCCUCAAGAUGGAGACAGCAGAGUACAAUGGCCAGAUCACCGGAGCCAGUCUAUAGUGCACACCACACGCCUGCUGAGGAGCAAAAGGUUCCUCCGGGACUGCUCAGAGACAAAGAAAAUGAAGUAGUAGUAUUUUGGUAUGUGCAAAUAUUUCCAAUAUGUUCAUCACUUCCUAGCUGGUUUCUUCUUAUCUGUUAAUCCCAGACAAUAGCAACUAAAAGACUAGUAGUAUCCUUUCCUACCAUAAGAAAUGUUUAAUGCCUUUUGAUGAAGCAGAUUUUGGAGUAAUCUUUUAACUCAAUUUGUAUUUAGAAAUUCUCAAAGGGCAAAAAACAAAGUUUUAUAAUGUCAGAGACUAGUAUGAAAACUAAAAGAACUUAAGAGAACAGUAUGUGUGUAUAUAUAUUAAAAAUGUCCUUGGAAUUAAUAACUACUAAUUACCAGGGUAAUAAUAUUAGCACUUUCUAAGCACUUCUUAUCGAUGCAUAAUGUUAGCAACAUCUUGUCUAUUCAUGGGCAAAUGGAAAACUGUAUACAUCUUUUGCCGAAAUGCUAAUGAUUUCUGUGAAAAUGCAAUAGGGUACAGGAGACAAUCAUUUAAGUUUAAGACAAGAAGGCAUCAUUCCUAACUAUAUGCACACAUAGAUGGUAUUGAACUAAAUUCCUGCAAGCAAAUGAAAAUGUGUCUUAUCUGUAUCAUGCAGUAAGUGGGAGUGCACUAGCAAGUCAGUAGUGACCCAAAUCAAAAGCUUCUUCAGUCAGAGCUGAUGCUUGUCACGUUCCCUGACCUCUGGUCCUUGUCUGUGACAGGCAUCUGCAGGCUCCUCCAAACCUGGGCAUCUUCUGAUGACUGGUUCUCAGAAUUGGAUUACUACCAGUCAGACGUUAACUGCCAUUUCCUGCAGCAAUUGACAGUUUGGGCAUUUUGAACUCAGGAUAGUAGCACUUCCUGAAUACAACCUGGGGAGACUGUGGUUUUCAGAUGGGGGGAUGUGGCCUCCCUGGAGUGUGAGGGUUUCCCUCUGGGGUUUCUAUUCCAAAUGCCCCUUGAGAAGAGCCUAUGUUCCUGCAGUUUAGUACUACUAUGGGGAUGGGGAUAUGUGUACAGGAUCUUGCUGCCUGGCUAGAGCAGUGGUGGUAAAGCUGAAUGGAAGGAUUCUCUAUUGACCUUAAAUAUCAGAGUCUUUCAGAAUGUCUCCAGACUCAGCAUCUCUGUUGGCAAGGCUCUUAAUGGUACUGGCCCACCAUGCACUUUGAUUCCCCCAGGUGUGUGCCAGCAUACAAACCCUGGAGCAUUUAGAUGAUGGAUACAAAAACAGGCUGCCUGCUCCUUAAAAAUGACCAUUAGUUCCUAAAGUUAUCUUUCUCAUAACUUGGAGUAACCAUUGUUUACAAGAACAGAAUAUGGUUAUAAGGAAAUUCUAUCUAGAGAAGAGCACCCAUAAAUUCCCAUGGAUGUGAGUUACAGCGAGCAUUUCCUAUUUGGGAAAAUUAGUAUGCCCAAGACAGAGUCACAUAUUUUGCAUUUUCUUUUUAUAUAGCCCACAAUAAGAAAUUACAAUGUAAGGUUAAGUUUCUGUCUCUUAAAUCUUUUGAUCAGAUGGUAUCCAAGAAGAUCCCAAUGCCCCCUGCCUACCAGGCACUCUCUAGUCUGGCUAGGGCAUCAGUCAAGGUGGGUACUUUGUGAGCUGUGUGUGGGUUACAGCAAAAUGGGAUGUUUUAUUCUGAAGUGUAUUAAUAGCACUUUAUGAAAGUCAUUAGUGAGAAUUAAGUGGGGACAGUCUCUCCAAUUCUAAGUUCCAGUUUGGAUUUAAUUAUUAAUAAUCCAUGCCUUGGAAGCAAAUUUUGGAAAAUAGUGAGGGUGUCCAUUAAAAAAUGAUGGAAAGGAUUUAAUCUUACCAGCAUAAAGUUUUGGUUUUCUAACUCUGAAGUGAUACUAAAUUUCAAAAUUAGAACAAAAAACUGGCCAAGACACUGGAAUUAGGGCAGGUCUGUAUCAUUUCUGCUUGUAAAAGGUUUUAGCAGAGGGCAUUUUGAAACAUGUUCAUAUAUCUUACACAGCAAAUUGUCUUCUUUCUUUGAUUUUUAAAAGCAAGCAUGUCUGUUACCACAUUGUGGCUCCCUGGAAAUACAUAUUGUGUCACAUCUUUCAGAUCUUAAGAUCUUAGUUCUCCGCGUUGGUGAACAGGUCCGCAUUGGCCAGCUUCCUCAUUCCCAGGAGCAGUCCCUCGGAGUCCUGUCUUUCAGGCUUUUAGACUCUGGUUGCCUUAAGAUACAGGGCAGCUUAGCAAAGACCUAGGCUGCAAUCCUGACAGAGCCACUGCUUAAAAAUGUUGGGAAGAGGCGAUAACCAGCAGGACAGUGAACUCUUGGAUAGGGAAGUGCCACAAUCCAGCAAGACAGCCCUGGAGAAAAGUCUAUUUAGCUUAGGAAGUUGCUAAUUCUAACCUCGUCCUCUUCCUUGAGUCCCUUCACUAGCAGUGGCUGAUUCCAGUGGACUGUUUUGGGGUUGAGCAUUCCUCAUUAGUUCCUAGAUCCUGUUGGCCUUACCGUGCAGUGGCCUCUUCCUUAAGGAUCAGGUCCAUACAAUCUGAAUUCUCGCCACCCCAAAUCAUUUCAGGCAUUUGACAGCAGGUCUAUUCCAUCUCUUGUCAAAUUGGUUAAAAGAAGUAAGGUCAAGAAUUAUUUAAAGGGAUCCCAAGCAGAUAUUUGGGCUCAACUUUCACAAAUCUUUUUUAACCUGUUAGUAGUUUCAAACUCUAGAUUUAGUGAAGUAAACCAGCCCUCUGCCUACUGAAUCUCUGAGAGAAAUAAGGCAGGAGCAGGAUUCUUUGCCAUGUAGCCUAUUCAGACAUACCCUUCUGCUGGCCUAGCCAGUCCUUCCUCAGUGAGGAGAGGUACACUGGCUAAGGGAGAUGGGGACAGAUAUACACGGUUGCUCUGUGAUGAAGUGGGCUCUUUUCCACUGGUACCUUAGAUACUGUGUUGGACAGGUAUGUGUUGAAAUUUGUAGCUUUCAUUACAUAUAAUCAUAAAAACAGGGCAGGAAGAAACUUAGAAUAAGACCAAAUUACCCACACAAAUACCACUUUCCAAACUAUUCCUGGAAAGUAUUUUUAAGGAAGUAUGUUACCACCCUUCUAAUUUGAGAUUUCUGUGUUUAUUGGGAGUUACAUUAUUUAUUUUCUUAUCUCUGUGGUUGGGGUUCUUUUUGUUUAGGUUUUAUAUUUUAAUUUCAAGUGUAGUCACUUGUGAGAUGUGUUAUAUAAUACCCUUCAAGAGGGAUUUUCCAGCUUGUUACUAUCAGUAUUAAAUGUGGACUCUGUUCUGAGGCAGUUGCCACCAGUCAUACUGAUAACAAUGGACAUGUCUACUCUGGGCUCCCCAAUGUGGCAGCAGUGCACAGACUAGAGCUUACUUAGCAGUUUUGCUUAUUUUGAGGAUAGCCAUGGUAGGGAGCCAAGAAUUAGAAGGGCUCUAGCUGUACCUAGUGCUUUUAUUUUGGGAAAACCACAUCCUGAUCCUAUGGGGGUUUCCAGGAGCAGCCUCAUUCCCUGCCUGCUCUCUGCCUGACAAGCAGCCCUUGGCUGUGGAUCCAAGUUUACUAUGACUUGGUUAGAUUAGUCGGGAAGUACAUGGCCUCCUUUCCAGUGGAAAUGGCCUUUCGUGCAGUGGGGUUACCUGUAGGUGACAUUGUCACUCUUCUGAGCCCAAGUCAUGAAAAGUAUCAUUCGCUUUUAUCUCAGGAGGUCAGUACCCUUUAGAUCCUGGAAAGGUUUGAACAGGCAGAAUGGAUGACCCCAUGCUUGUCUCACUUCCAUUCCCUAGAUUGUGUGACUCUCUGAAAAUGUUUUAACUCUGAUGUGAGUUUGUAAUUGAGACAGAGUGGGUAUGGGUAUCUUGUAUACGGGGCUCUGGAUCUCCCUACGUGCCUCUCAUCAGCAUGGCAUGUCUGUGUCCAGCCCUGAGCUCCCCCCAGCGCAUUGUGCGUGUACAGAUUUAUAGGCUUGUAUGACUGAACGAAUGUACAUGUGUUUAUAUCUUCUAUAUAUGUACAGUGUAUAUAGUGUGUAUGUGUACAUAGAUGUAUAUUAUGUAUACAGACAGGUAGCCACGUAUCCAAACUCUCCUUGUUUUAAAGAGAAUCUAUGAUAAGAGUUGCUGAAGUAAAUUGAUGUGGGUGUUCCAAGGUCCCUCAGCAGGAUGGAUUUGCUGAGAUUUUUACUCCAUUUUCCUUUGGAUGGUCUGGCUGGGAGAGGCCAUGAAGUCAGAAUUUCCACUCUGUACCAGGGAAAGUUCCAGACAGAAAAAGUCCUGACAGGGUAACACUGCUAUGUGUUCUCUAGGGUCAGACAAGGGCUAGGAAGCUGGAAGAUAAUUUAUCCUAAUGUGCAAAAACUAGGUGGGGAUCUUUAACCUGGUUUUCACACACCUACUUAUGGCCUAACUGGAAGGAACUUGGUAGCUCAAGCUAUUGGCAUUCCCAGAGACUCGUUGUCAUGUGGUCAGUUUCAGAAAUUUGUGUCAUGGGGCCUGGCUCCCAGUGUUGUAGCAAUUUCCCCACUUGCUCUGGACUCAGCAGACAGUGGCACUGCCCUGUGAGUAAACAAAUUCCUGUCUAACUCCAGUUGCAAAAAAAACAAAAAACAAACAGCCUACCAGGUCUUUAAAAAUAAGCAUAAAUAUUGAUGGCUUACUUUAUGGCAUAUGUUACAAAUCUUAAAUUAUUUCUCCAACUAUAGCAUGUGAAUGAAAUCCACUGACUUCUCUAAAUUAUGAUUUUUAAAUUUCAGAUACAAUUUUCAUUUUAAUAUGGAUAUGUAGGCCCUUAAAGCUACAGGUGCCAGAUUUUCCUUGUUCAGGUGUAUUCUGGUGAUUUUUUUUUUCCCCUUAAAUCGGGCUUUAACUGAGACACAGCACUCGGAAACCAGGGCUCAGCCCAGCAGUAAUUGCCUGUGGACCUGGUAAGCACAGGGGGCCUGACUGGCCAGGAAGGUUGAAAGCUGGCCUGCUGAAAGAAAUCACUGGAUAACUGCAAAAACUUAAUCCAUGGAUUGCUUUUUUUUUUGUUGGAAUGUUUGAAAAUACUUCAUUGAGACCAUGUAUUCAGUGCCUUUUGUAAGACUGGGCCAUUCAGCCUCCAGCUUCCCCAUCUGUGAUGUAAAGAAGCUCUGCUGCUUCACUGGCCUCCCAGCAGUGAUUGUCACCUUUCCCAUGUCUUUGCCUGUUGUGACAAUCACUAUUGAAAGUAGCUUUCCAGUUCAAGUAACAGAAAUGGAAGUUUGACAGUCUCUAAAUGAAUCUUUAAAAAAAAAAUUUUCCUUCGGAGCUAUUUAUCCUAGCAGCAAUCUAAAAAUAAACUGAGACCUUUUAAAAAAAUAUCUUGGGGUAGGGACUGUCUGAGAUGUUUUUAGUGCCCCGCUAUACUUUAAGCAGACAGUAAUUUUGGUGUCUCAAAAUGUAUACAUACAGCAUAGAAAAAAGUGCUAUAAAAAAAUAAGUGCUGAAAAAAAUGCUCAGCAACAUUUAUCAGUUGACAGACUGUGAUAAAGCUUAAUUAAUAUUUGGAUAACAUUUGGAUGUAGACUUUACAUGAAAAAUGGCUUUUCUCUAGGAAAGUUUAAUCAUUUUAACCACCAGAACAUUUAUGGACUCAAAUGCUGCUGCCACAUACAACUCAAGUGCUGGAAUAUUUUUCUAUAUCCUCCCAAUUAUCUUGUAAACCAGUGUUCAACUAGUUUUAUAACUGAAAAGCUGCACAUUUUUUCAUAGUACAAGACCAUAGUUUUUACCUGUAGUUUGGACCUCUGUUUAAAUGUAGCUAAGUACUACCAGCCCUUUUACAAGACGUCUGUUAAAGGAAAAUUCGGGUGUUAGAUUUUCUUGGGACCGUUUCUGUAACCUCCGCCCUUCCUAAUACAGAAAAUAUUGUUUAUGCCAUUACAUUUUAAUUCCAGGUUUAAAACCUGUUGAAAGCUGUAGCUUGAAAUCAGCUUUGUUUAUGUGAUGGCAUUUAAAAAUAGCAUGUUCUUUUUAAACUGAAUUUUAUAUCUAAUCAAUGUCUUCAGUCUUGAAGAAGAAUUUGCAUUGUUGUGUUUGUAUAUAGAGUAUUGCAGUGCAUGAAUUAGCUUUAUGCAUUUUAUUAAAUGCUCUUUCAAUGUGGCAUUAUUGUUGUGGCUUAAUACUACUACCUAAAUGAGGUUUAUACUAUUAAAAGUUAAUUGAA